AUGUCUUCUAACAUCGAGCCUACUCAAUCUCUUCCUACCUAUUUCAUUGGUCAUGCCGGUGUGGGCCUUCUCUUUGAUGAGCGACCUCGAAAUAAAAUUGCUCAGGCCAACUUGAAGGAGAUUGGGGAAGAGAUCCUGUCACUGUCACCACGUCCCAAAGCUGUCGUUGUUUUCAGCGGGCAUUUCGAAGCAGGCGAGAUUCAUGGGCCUGGAGUAAUUGAAGUGAAUGUCAAAAAUGGGACACAUAUUCAACAUGACUUUGUCAACGAUUUUCAUGACUCUAAGCCGUUCGUCUAUGAGUACGACUGGCCGCAUCAAGAUGCACCCGCGCUAGCGGCACAACUAUGGGAACUCCUACGCAAAGCAGGAUUUAAGGCCAAACGUGUGGAGCGAGGAGUCGAUCACGGUGUCUGGGUGCCUUUCAAGGUCAUGUUUCCAGAUGAGACGCCACUCGAUAUACCCGUAAUCCAAAUCUCUACAUUCCAUGGCACUGAUCUUGAGAUUCAAAUCCGGUUGGGUCAGGCUUUACAGUCACUACGGCAUGAGGGCUACCUCAUCAUAGGUUCAGGCAUGGCUGUCCACUCAUUCAACUCCAUUGAUGAGAUCAUAGAUGCUCCGACGGAGGAGGAGAGAGAAGCCACCCGGGCCAAGGUCCUCACCGAAUCGAGAGUUUUUGAUACCAAGCUGAGAGCAGCAGUGACAAAGAAGAAUGCAAAGGAGAGAAAUGAAGCUUUGCUACAGUUGGAGACCUUGUACGAGUUCAAGCGCUCACAUCCCACUGUCGAGCACUUUACGCCACUUCUGGUUGCUGCGGCGGCGGCUGGAGAUGCAGAAGUGGAAGCUCUAGGCGUGGACUUGGUCGACCCAGGCUUUUCUUAUCUGAAUCUACGUUUUGCAUAG